AUGUAUGCAAAAGGAAAGGGCGCAACAGUGCCAUCUGAUGCUCAGGCCAGGGAAAAGUUAGCAUUGUAUGUUUAUGAGUAUUUAUUACAUAUUGGAGCUCAGAAAGCAGCUCAAACAUUUUUAAAUGAAAUUAGAUGGGAAAAGAAUAUCACAUUAGGUGAACCACCAGGAUUCCUGCAUUCUUGGUGGUGUGUAUUUUGGGAUUUAUAUUGUGCUGCUCCAGAACGCCGUGAUACAUGUGAACAUUCAAGUGAAGCUAAAGCAUUUCAUGAUUAUGGUUUUGUAAACUCAGGUUAUGGUGUAAAUGGUAUUGCACAUAAUGCUGGACCUUCUCCUAGUCCUUUAGGACAAAUGCCCCCAAAUGAUGGAAUGCCAGGGGGUCCAAUGCCUGGAGGAUUUUUUCCAAAUUCAUCAAUGAGACCAUCACCUCCAAGUCAUCCUUCAGCACAACAAUCUCCUCAUUCUCAACCACCAUCACAUGGACAAAUGUUAUCAAAUCAGCCUUUUAUGGGUCCUCGAUAUCCAGGUGGUCCAAGGCCUGGAAUUCGCAUGUCACAAUUAGGAAAUGAUUUUAAUUCUCCUACAGGUCAGCCAAUGAUGCCUGGUAUGGACCCUUUAAGACAAGGAGGUAUGGGACCAAUGAAUCCUCGUAUGAAUCCUCCCCGUGGUCAAAACACUCAAAACAUGAGUCCAUUAGGAUCAUAUAGCCCUGGAAUGCGUGGACCUCCACCUAAUACAACUUUGGGCCCUGGUGGUGGUGGUGGACCAAAUAUGCCUUUAUCUAUGGGCGGACUUGUUGGAAGGCCACAAUGGCAACCAAAUGCAAAUACUCCCAUGAGUUAUUCAUCGUCAUCACCAGGAGCUUACGGAGGACCCUCAGGAUCAGGCGGCCCUCCUGGACCAGGCACACCGAUAAUGCAAAGUCCUCAAGAUUCUUCAAACUCUGGAGGAGAAAGUAUGUACACAAUGAUGAAGCCGGUUACCGGAGGGAAUAUGCCUGGUGAUUUUCCAAUGAAUAAUGCAUCAGAUAGUGGACCGUUAGGACCAAUGGGUCCUAAUACAAUGAAUUCGGUUUUGAAUGGCGAAGGACUAGAUGGUAUGAAAAAUUCACCUGCACCGGGUGGCCCAGGGACACCGAGAGAAGACAGUGGAAGUGGCAUGGGCGAUUAUAAUUUGUCAGGAUUUGGAGGAGCGGGAGAAAAUGAUCAGACCGAAUCCGCUGCAAUAAUGAAAAUAAAAGAAAGUAUGCAAGAGGAAGCCAAACGUUAUGAAAAGGAUUCUGACCAAUCGGAUUAUUACAUCCAAUAG